UAUGACAAGUAAAUGAAAAAAUUCCAGUACCAAAAUUUUAGCUGAUGGUCAAGCUUUGACUUCAAGUUUUUACCAAACGCACAAUCAAAAUCCGAUAGGGAUGGAACCAUGUGGGAAGCAAGAUAGUGGUGAAUCAAACACUGACGAUGAAGAAGUUGUAGAUGUUAUGAAGCAAUCUCUGGAUGAAAUUUCGGAGGUGUGGUUGACAAUUUGCAAGAACCUAUUGGAACGACGUGAAGUCCUUGUAAAAACGCUCGAACAGGUGCCGGAACUUGAUUAUAAAAAUUUCAUCUUUAUGGUAGAAACUUUGAAAUGUGAAAGCUUGGAUCUUCAGUCGGGCAUCGAUUUAGCUGUAACUUCCCAAAAUGAACGGGUAAAUGGGUUGCUUAAAAGGCAAACUCUUGCUAUGGCACACUGUAAAGGAAAAGCAGAGGAAACAAUUCGAGACUUAACGAGAAAACUGGCUGAAGAAAAAGCCAACAGUUACAAGGCACUGGAAGAAAUUAAAAAUCAGAAAGAAAAAAACGCGGAAUUAAUAAAGGAUCUUGAAGAAACAAAACAUUCUUUACUUGAUAUCAAGAACAGAAACGAUUUGAAUCUCCGUGCUAUAAAAAUGCUAAAGAACAAAAAUAUUGAAAUGGAAGCUAAAGUAUUAACUGCUGAAAUGAACCUUACUGACUUUAACGGGAAGAUAAAUGUUGUACGAAAUGAGCACAAAUCAAAAGAAUAUAUGUGGUUGAAAGAAAAAGAAGAAUUUCUUAACAAGAUAGAACAACUUGAGUUGUCGCUGCAGAAUCUAAACGCAACGAACAACGAGUUAGAAAUUAGGUGUGACAUAGCUGAGGAAAGGUGCUCGCUUUCAGAAAAUUUAACUCAAGAAACGGAGAAGAAACUUCUGACUGAAAUUCUGGAAUUGAAAACUCAAUUAGGUGAAACCUUUCAAGAAUUAGAAAAAGAAAAACGCGAAAAAGAGCAUAUUCAGGAUGAAUUGUUUGUGCUUAGAGAUCAUUUAAGUGCCUUGAGAAUGGAAUCAUUUGCCUUCCCAAUUAUUACACAAAAGAACCACGAUGAUGAGAAUGCCGCAAGGCUGCUAAAUAAUCUAAUUGAAAGAAUUGAUCAGUUUGAAAGGGAUAAGAUAGAUCAAGCCAUUGCUCAUAAGGAGACUAUGGCUGACAUACAUACCCUCAAAGAAGAUCAUUAUUGUAUAGAAAAGCAAGGGUUGUUACUAUUUGUGAAUGAACUUAAGUUAUGUUUAAGAGUGCUUCUUGAAGAAAACAUGGUAAAAGAUAUGCAGAUGAGUGAUCUUCUUGUAAGGCUUAGUUACCGUGACUGAAUCUAGAAAACUAACUGGUAAAAUAAAAGUUGGUGGUCGGCGAAGCAUACAGAAAAUAAAUUAAUCAUGUUGUAGUUUAUAAUUGUACAAUUCUAUUUUGGUGAUUUUAAAUAAAGUUUUUUCUUUCUGUAA